AUGGCAUGCGACUUCUCUGUCUCGGCAGAAAUUUCAAAUCUGGGAUCAACCCAUACCCACCAACAAGCUAGACCCAGGAGAAAGUUCGUAGCAUCUGGGUACGAAGUCAACGCCACGCUAUACACUACUACUACAGAUGCUCACUCCAGUCCGAUUGGAACCAACUCUUCAAUCAGCUCGCCGCCGCCCAGUAGCCAGGUCACAUCGGCCCCUACCCAUGGACUCAAUGUAUUAGAGAUAGAGAUCUGGCACCACUAUCUGAUGAAGACCUGCCCUUCAUUCUCUGGAGAUGGUCUCGAAUUUUGGCAGGAGAAACUUCCCGCUAUUGGAUUCUCCUACCCUUUCGUUCUGCAACUCAUACUUUCCUUGUCUGCCUUCCACCUGGCUCGAUCGAGACCAGACAAGGAACAUAUUUUCACCCCCGCGGCAGAGAUGUAUCACACGACCGGAAUCCAAAGCGCAACUGCCCUGUUGGCUUCGUUGGAUGAGACCAAUUGUGAAGCCAUGUACUCGGCAGCGAAUUUGGUUUCAUUUUGCAGUCUUGCGAGAGGUCCUCGACCUGGCGAGUUCCUGGCUUUCAGCAGCCAUGGUCCGGCUGAGUUAUUCAAUCUGUUGAGAGGAGUCCGUCUGAUUGCGGCGGCACAGCAUCAACAACUGAGCUCGGGUGUUCUCGCACCAUGUGCCAAAGAAGAUACACGAAAACCAUUUACCAAACCAACCCAGCCAUGCCCGGAUUGCAAACCACCAAUCAGUGCGCUUCGUUGGUUCAUCAAUUCCAGUUCAGACCUGCUGGAACCAUACUCGCAGACAUACCUCACGGCACUCGAUGCUCUGCUUCGAUCCUUCCAUAGUGUCUACGCUACGUCAGAAGAGAACAAAGAUAAUGAAGACCAGCAUUCGCAGAUAGUUUUCACAUGGCUCUACCGCGCAUCAGAUGAGUACAUUCGGUGUGCCCAGGAGAAGCACCCGAUUGCACUCAUCAUAUUCGCCUUCUUUGCGGUCUUGCUACGCGAGACAGAUGACCAAUGGUUCAUGGAGGGAUGGGUACACCAUAUAAUUGGAGGAGUGUGUCAAUUUGUGCCGGAUGAGCUUCGACGAUGGCUGAGCUGGCCAAUUGAGCAGUCGGAUUUUGUUGCUAAGGAUGGGCAAGUAUUCUGA